GAGUUGUCUGCGUGCUGUGUUGCGGUCAUAUAAUCAUAUUUUUUGUAAAAGUUUUGCAAUUGUUGUCUAUAAACUUUUGAAGAUUAACUUUUAAAUAAAGUGAGAAAUAAGCGGUGAAUCAAGAUGUCGGACGGGAAUAGUCCUAGCACGUUGAGUUACUUGAGACAGUACAGGUUUCAGCGAAAACCUAAUAUAGCUGGAUCGAGUGGUUCCGUUACUGUGCAAGCAUCUCCAUCAAGUUCCCAAAUAAUAAGAAUGCCUGCACCAUAUCAAAACAGCAGCCACCAGACAGUAAAUCGCGGACCAAUAGUGUACAAACGUAUUAGACUGCAGGACUCAGACUCUGAUGAUAAUCCAACACCUGUAAAGAAGCAGAUUCCGAAUGCUACUCCAUCUUUAAUUGGGCAGAAGGUAGUGGAGUUGACAACAGCAGUAAAAGAGCGGCGAUUUAGAAACAUGCUGGAAAUGUUUCCAGAAAUAUCUCCUGUGUUUGUGAAAAACACAUUACUAAAACAUGUCUGGAAUGAGGAACGUGCAAGAGAUGAGCUUCUGAAACACGACCCAGAGAAUGAAGAACGAGGUUCAUCUUCCAGUUCAUUCUUCGGCUCCCGUCCUGGGUUCUCUGGCCAUCCACAUAGACCCAACGGCAUGGGGGUGGUUAGAGUGAGUAGUGGAGCUAUGACGAAUAUAAUUGUGAGAAAACCACUGACAGCUCAGGGUGGUCGAGUUCGGAGAGGUAGCAGUGGAAGCGAGGAUGAUGAUUAUGGUGUCAAGAAAGGAAAGGAUGAUAAGGUUUAUGACAGUGACGACUCUGAUAAUGAGAUCACAGACGACUUGGGGGGCGAUAAGCGCAAAGUGUUCGAGUUCCUCAACAAAAGCAAUCUGAACGAGCUUUCCAUGCUCAGUGGUUGCAGCCAGAAGAAAGCCGAGGCUAUCCUUGCACAGAGACCUUUCAAAGGCUGGCUAGAUAUGGUGAGCAGUUUCUAA